UGGGCAGAGACCCUAAGUAGACUGCCAAGCGGUUAAAUUGCUACCCACUAGUCCUCGUUUAUUCUGCAGCAGGCAUACAAGCACGCCUGGACCAACCCCAGAACUUAACUCUGAACUCCUCUCUCAUUCUGUCAGAAUCCUCAACUUGUUUUUAAAAUGGCAUUUAUUUUUGUUAAAUUGCAGGAGAGUUGGAUGCAGUCUGCCAGUUGUGCUUUCCCUCUCCUUCUUUGUGCACUGAAUUUUGUUCACUAGCUUUACAUGCCUCAAGUUGCUGUAAUGCUGCUGGGAGAGUAAUUGCCUUGCGCUUUCUCUUUCUGAUGCCCAUGGGUGAGUGUGGGGGACUCCUCCCUGGGCACAGUGCAGAGUUAAAAGCCCAGCUUUUGCUGCUUUGCUUAAGACCUGGUUGUUUCUUUUCUUUUUUUUUUCCCCCCCUUUCUCUUUUUUUUUUUUUUUUUUUUUUUUUUUGUCAGCUGCCUGUUAUAUCAAUCACGGAGCCGGGAUCUAUUUAUAGGUUGGGACUCGGAGUACUGUGUCCUAGUCACAAAGAGAGGCAGAGACGCAGAGGGGACUGUCGGCUGGUGCAGGCGGAACCAAAAGAUAUUUAAUCAGCAAUUAGAAACACCUGAGGGCAAGGGAAAUUCUACUCCAGCCUCAAGCUUCAUCUCUCAGCCCGCAGCAUGCUGCUCGGCAGAAUGGCCACGGAGGAGCGGCACCUCUCCUCCAGCUGUGGGUCCUUCAUCAAGACCGAGCCCUCCAGCCCAUCUUCUGGCAUCGACGCCAUCAGCCACCACAGCCCGAGUGGCUCCUCCGAUGCUAGCGGUGGCUACGGCAUCACCAUGGGUGGCCACCCCAAUGGCCUAGACUCGCCACCCAUGUUCAAUGGCACGGGGAUUGGCAGUGGGUCCUGCCGUAAGCGUUAUGAUGACUGCGCCAGCGCCAUCAUGGAGGACUCGCCCACCAAGUGCGAGUACAUGCUCAAUGCAAUCCCCAAGCGGCUGUGCCUCGUGUGCGGGGACAUUGCUUCUGGGUACCACUACGGCGUGGCUUCCUGUGAAGCAUGCAAAGCCUUCUUCAAGAGGACUAUUCAAGGGAAUAUUGAAUACAGCUGCCCGGCCACCAAUGAAUGUGAGAUCACGAAACGGAGGCGCAAGUCCUGUCAGGCCUGUCGCUUCAUGAAAUGCCUCAAAGUGGGGAUGCUAAAAGAAGGUGUUCGUCUGGAUCGGGUCCGUGGAGGCCGUCAGAAAUACAAGAGGAGACUGGAUUCUGAGAGUAGCGCUUACCUGAGCCUACAGAUCCCUCCCCCAGCUAAAAAGCCACUGACUAAGAUCGUCUCCCACUUGCUGGUGGCUGAGCCAGAGAAGAUUUAUGCCAUGCCUGAUCCAACAAUGCCAGAGAGUGACAUCAAAGCCCUGACAACCCUCUGUGACCUGGCAGACAGGGAACUGGUGGUGAUCAUUGGCUGGGCAAAGCACAUCCCAGGGUUCUCCAACCUCUCACUUGGGGACCAGAUGAGCCUCCUGCAGAGUGCCUGGAUGGAAAUCCUCAUCCUGGGCAUUGUGUACCGCUCCCUUCCAUAUGAGGACAAGCUUGUCUAUGCUGAGGACUACAUCAUGGAUGAAGAGCACUCUCGUCUGACGGGGCUGCUGGAGCUCUACCUGGCCAUCUUACAGCUGGUGCGACGCUACAAGAAGCUUAAGGUGGAAAAGGAGGAGUUUGUCACGCUUAAAGCUCUGGCCCUCGCCAACUCAGACUCCAUGCACAUAGAGGACAUGGAUGCAGUGCAGAAACUCCAGGACCUUCUCCACGAAGCCCUGCAGGACUACGAGCUGAGUCAGCGCAAUGAGGAGCCCCGGCGAGCGGGCAAGCUGCUCCUGACGCUGCCCCUCCUGCGGCAGACGGCCGCCAAAGCUGUGCAGCACUUCUACAGCAUCAAACUGCAGGGCAAGGUUCCCAUGCAUAAACUCUUCCUAGAAAUGCUAGAGGCAAAGGUCUGACAGCCCCAGCGCCAGCCGACAGUGGCCGGGGAACAAACUAGAAACAAAGAUGCAGACAACGGAGUAAUCCAAACAGCAGCAGCAGCCACCGCCGGCUUUUAUCUCCAAUCAUUUAUUAUGGAAGAAUUAUUUAAUGUCUAUCUGUCGGCGUGACUGCAGGAUCUCGUGUACAGGAGGGGGGAAACUCUUUUAAUCAGUCACCUGUUUCUCUUUUUUUUUUUUUUUUCAUUUGUUUUCUCUGUGGGAAAUAUCAGAAUAUGCUCUUGCACUUGCUGAGGCGGUCAUCAGGGCUUAGCCCCUACGAGCAGUGAUGCUCUCAGCGCUGUCCAGGCCGCUUGCUCCCCAGCUCCCUCCACCAGUGCUGGAGGGGGAGUGGGGGCAGAAGCAGGAAGAGAGGAAGAAUAGAGUCAAUAUAAACUUUAUCUGCUGGUGUUGUGAGGGGUCAGAUAGAAAGGGAAGCCACCAGGGUCCUUCUUUUCAUCACCUUUCUGGCUCUAACCAUAGAGCCUGUGGUCCUUUGGAGAAGAGAGCUGCUGGACCUCUCCUGGUCAAAACGGCUGCUUCCCAGGCUCCUCUAGCGACAGCCAACACUUGUACAUACAGGCCCCACUUCUUACUGGGAAAGAUGCUCCUAACUGUGUAAGAUAUUCUGCGACCUUGUACAGUGUGUCAUUACACCUGGCUAGUCCCUCCCAUGUACAAUUCCCGCAGGCCCCUGAAGAGGUAGGAUGUAUGACCCAGAGAGAAUGCAAGCCUCCUUUCCCAAGGGGCAAGAAAAGGAGAAAAAAGCAAUGUUAUGCUUCCGUGCUGGGUUGACUUGAUAAUCUCUUCAUCCUCUCCUAUGUGGUGCUAACUACAAUUCUUCCACACUUUUCACCCUGUAGCGUAUCAAACCUGCCUCUUCAGCUCAGCUGAGUGCCAUUCCCACUUGUUCCUUGUGACAGAGAACACAGGGCUUUGUCUGCAUGGUUACUGCCCAAGUAUAAAUACAUCCCAAACCAGGGCUUUCCUAGACUUCAUUAAAGUGAUAGCUCUUUGCCUCCACAGAGACUUAGGCUUAUUGCCAAAUGCUAGUUAGGAAUCAAGGGCACUGCUUUUCAGAGGCAGCAGCUCUUGAGCCUGAGAGAUUGCUUUUUUGUGGCAGCCUAGGGAAAUAAAUUAGAGGGUGGCAUGAAACUCCCCGAUAUCUCAACUACUGUCUUCCCCUGCCUCAUCCCAUUAUCCUCAACAGCAGCAAAAGAGCUAGCAUAGAUUAUACCUGGGCCUGGUAAGAGGUUCUCUCGCUGAUGGGAAAGCAAAUACCUGACCUUGAGGUGCUGGGAGAAGAAGUGGGGGAAUGUUUAUUUACUCCUCUCAUGUAACCAGGUUCCUGCUGUCUCCAAGCCCUGGCUCAGAUCUGCUGCUUAAGCUACAACUGCUGCAUUCCCAGUAGCCAGAGGGGAAUGUGGGUGACUGACAAAACUGGCUGUUGGCAUUCUCUGAGAUUUUAUUUUCUAGGUUACUUAGUUUUGAGCCAGCCUAAGCUGAUGAAACCUGAACACAUUGUCUGUUUUUUCAGUCAGCAGCAUGGCAAUAUAGGUGAGAAAAAGCCUCUGGUCUGUAUUUGAGACACCACUAGCUCUACUGUGUCUGUUCCCCUCAACCUUCCAUCCCUAGCCCAGGAGAAAGGUGGUGUGGCAGAGGAGUAACUUGCCCUUCCAGCACGAAGCCUUCCAAACCAGGGCUGAGGCAUGUGAUCAGGGAGACACUGGGUGCUUGUGUUCUACUGGAGCAGAAUGUGUCACAGCAGGGCUGCCAGUGCUACAGAACGACACCCAGGCUAGCUCAGAAACUGGGGACGCUAAUUCGUGCUGACCUCUCAGCUCUUGUAGCCAGCCUGCUUGUGGUACUUGAGUUAGUUCAGUUCCAUCUCAUUUGAGUUGUCCCUACACUACACAGUCGUAGCUACUUUCUCUCCUUUUGUACUCACUUGAUAAAGGAAUUCAAUCUUGCUUCAGGCACAUUAAUUAAACAAGCAGAGACCUAAGGGGCAGAAGGCACAUGGGAGCUGGGACAGCUUCCAUGCUCACAGUGGUAAUAAUUACCCUGUGGCCUUCUGCUUUGAACAGGUACUUGUGCUUCUCUCCCCAGCUCCCUCCCAGAGGCAGCUGGGGAGGAAAAUGAGAGGCUUUUGGUUGCGCUCAUGAUCCCUGUACCCAUCUGUGACUGAGAGGGACCAACAUGAGAUGCAUGCCACCUCUAUAGAGCCAGCUUGGCAUGUGCUGCGCUGUGGCAACUCUUUCUGGCUGUGGCAUAUAUGCUUUCACAAAUGUCCUGGGUUGUGCUAGCAUCUGUAAUUUUGACUUGCUUGAUCACCGUUGCUUCCCUGCCGAGUCUCACCCAGCUCAGCCACAGCACAUUGUGUCCUGACCUGCUGUGCCAAGGUAGCUGUCCCAAAACAGGCUGAAAAGAUCCUAAGAAGCAAUUCUUACUCUGUUGGGCCCUGGCUGGAAAGGUCACUUACAAAACCAAAAAAAAAACCAAACAACACCACCAAAAGACAAACAAACAAACAAAAAGCUCUUGCAGCUUUGCUGUAUUUGCCUCCUUGCCAGACCAGGGAGGGAGAACGAUCUACAAAACAUGAUUAUGGAGAGCUGCCAAGUUCUCUUCUAGCCCACAGAGACUGCUGGCUAUUUAGAGUAGGGCUAUGGUAUGGAGGCAACGCCUACCUUGGCAGAAUAAUAUAAAGAUACCAAAUGCAUUUUUUCCCAGGACCUUCUUUCUCCAUUACAGCUGCAUAACCUUGGCGCCCAUCUGGAUACCCCCCAUUGCUUGAGGAUAAUAUGCCUGGAAAUGUUUGCAUUGCUUCUGAAAUAGGGUGGGAACUGAACCAGACAGUAAUUAGCAUAUAUUAAUCUCUUUAAGCAAGGACUGCAAACUCUUCCCCAGGAACUGGGACAGAAACACCUGUCUAGAUUUAACCCUUAGAAGGCUUGUACCAUCUUAUAUUGGGAACCAUGUGAGGUCUCUUGGGCCCUUCAGACCAGUGCAGGAAUCACACGCAUUUCUUCCCAGUUACGCUGAUCUGCUGUGCAUCAUUAGUACCAUUAUGCUGCCACAACUGAGGAGCAUGUCCAGCAGCGCAGUGAGCUGGGCUUGCAGAGAAGGGUAACAGUGUAGUCAUCUCAGUGUACUUUGAAGUAGGAAAUGGGGCUUCAGCAACUGCUUAGGUCUUUGAAUGCUCACAGUCUUACAAAAAGGUCUGGAUAUGUGGAAGUUGAGACAUGAAAUGGGUUCUGGAUCUGUGUUCUUUAUGCCAUUCAACUGAAAUAUAGGAGUCACAGAGUCAGCGCCAAUCAGUGCGCCUUGUACGUUGGGCAAAAGGUGAUGGAGCUUGAGCCUUGGGACACAAAUGGGCUCU